GAUCCCGACCCAACACAAGUGUUGACGUUAACAAAUAUAUCCCACUAGAUCCAUAUCUCUCUGAUCUCAUUCUCUCCUUCUGUCAUCUGUGAUGGGUUUCCCAGCCAACGGAGCCUCGGCAACCGAAAAACCGUACAAGUUCCUGAUCUAUGGUCGCACCGGCUGGAUCGGCGGGCUGCUGGGGAGGCUCUGCGAGGCCCAGGGCAUCGACUUCACCUACGGCUCCGGACGCCUGGAGGACCGCGCGUCGCUCGAGGCGGACUUGGCGGCCAUCAAGCCGACCCACGUCUUUAAUGCCGCCGGCGUCACCGGCCGGCCCAACGUUGACUGGUGCGAGUCCCACAAGGUCGAGACCAUCCGGACCAACGUGGUCGGGACCCUCACCUUGGCCGACGUUUGCAGAGAGAAGGGCCUCGUCUUGAUCAACUACGCCACCGGGUGUAUAUUCGAGUACGAUUCUGGCCACCCCCUUGGCUCCGGCGUUGGGUUUAAGGAGGAGGACACUCCUAACUUCGUCGGAUCGUUCUAUUCCAAGACCAAGGCCAUGGUGGAAGAACUUCUCAAGAACUAUGAGAAUGUCUGUACAUUGCGCGUCAGAAUGCCCAUCUCGUCGGACUUGUCCAACCCUCGGAACUUCAUUACAAAGAUCACUAGGUAUGAGAAGGUAGUGAACAUACCAAACUCAAUGACAAUCUUGGAUGAACUACUCCCAAUCUCCAUUGAAAUGGGAAAGAGAAAUCUCACUGGAAUAUGGAACUUCACAAAUCCUGGCGCGGUCAGCCACAAUGAGAUAUUAGAGAUGUAUAGGGAAUACAUUGACACCAACUUCACAUGGAAGAACUUUAAUCUUGAGGAGCAGGCAAAGGUGAUCAUUGCCCCAAGGAGCAACAAUGAGCUCGAUGCCUCCAAAUUGAAGGCAGAAUUCCCUGAACUCUUAUCCAUCAAGGAGUCACUCAUUAAGUACGUAUUCAAGCCAAAUCAGAAGACUGCUGGAGCCUAGAAGUUUUAUGCUCCAACUUUACUUAUUGAGAUUUGCUUUAUUUUGUGCUUGCGGGAUGAUGUGAUUUAUCCACCAUAUGGGUUCCCCCUUCUUCCCAUUUGACAUACACGAUUGCCCUAUUGGUAUUUGAAUGUUGUAUUUGUAAUUUGACGAUGAAUAAAUUAGUUGGAAGUGUUCUUUUGAGUUGCAA